UUCUAAGAGAACACGCGUUCUUUCCAAAAUAAUGCCCACUAAAUAUGUUCCUUGACUAUUGAAAGUUGAAAACUACAAGCCUCGCCGUUCUCUUCUCGGAGACUUUCUCCUCUCCCUCCAAAAAUGGAACUCCCUUCACAUUUUCUCAGCCAUCACUUCCCGGCAGCGCUCCUUCUCCUGCUUCUCCUGUCUUGGUCGGGAAACGCCCUAUUCGCCGAGAGGUGCCCCAACUGUGGUAGCACUCCGGUCCCUUACCCACUUAGCACCGGCCCCAACUGCGGCGAUCAGCUUUACAAGGUCCGUUGCAAUAGUGGCGGGCUGUUCUUCAAUACGCUGAACAAUUCUUAUAAGAUUUCAUCCAUCAAACCGGAGUCUCAACGGCUAACGAUCGAGCCGUCACCGUUCUUACCGGACACCUGCGUUACAGAGGAUAUCUCAACCGGCGGCAUACUCCUCAACUCCUCCCUUCCCUUCAAUAUCACUAGCAGCAACACCGUUCUGUUUCUCAACUGUACCGAAGCGGUGCUCAACUCCCCGUUGAACUGCUCCUCCGGCAGCCUCUGCCACACUUACAUCAAUGGAAGCCUAACCGCUGGAAACGCUGUUGGCGCGUGCUCCGGUGCCCCAAUCUGUUGUACCUUUAGAGCCGGCGGGUCAUCGACGGCAGACAAGAUUCGGGUUAGGAUGGCGGGUUGUCGUGCAUACCGAGUCUUUGUGAACCUGGAUGCGACUUUGCCGGUCCGCAAGUGGGCCAAACCCGCCGUGGAAUUGGAGUGGGCUUUGCCGUCGGAGCCUCUGUGUAGCUCCCAAUCGGAUUGUAAUUCUGAUUCUACAUGUCAACGGGACAUCAAUUCCGGCAGCUCCAUCCGUAGAUGUUUCUGCCACGCUGGACGACACUGGGACCCGACGCUUGGAUCAUGUGCUCUCGAUGUUUGCAAGGAUGGAUGCGGAAAUAACAAAACUGCCCUCAUAGCAGAACAUAUCCAAGUACAAGCAAAUUGAAGAAUCCAAUUGCAACAACCAUGAAGCUUCCUCCAUGUGCAAGCAACAACCAUGAAGCUUCAUCCAUGUGCAAGAAUGACAAAGGGAGCUUCCUCAAAGUUUCCUCAUGUUUAAUCCCACCUUCCUCCCACCUUCAUAGUACCUAGUUUUGGUGCUAUAAAUAGAGAGAUUGGAGAGUCUUUCUAUCAUCAAGUAAAUUAGAAUAGAUCAUCAUAGCACAACCAAGAAGAGUUGUGAAUAUCCUUGAGAGAUAUGUGAGGUGUUGUUUUGAGAGUUUUUAUUUAGAGCUUGUAUGUCUCUUCUUUCUAUUCUUGAAAGUAAUAGAAUUGUUUUUCUCUCAUAUUAACACGAUCCUGUUAUUCCCAACAAGUGGUAUCAGAGCCUGGCUGAGCUUUUGGUAUUUUUUCCCCAGAACUUUCGGAUAAAAUUCUACUGUCUGAAAAUUCGUGUUUUUCAGUUUUGCUCGGAAUUGCAAUCUGAAUACACCGUUAUAUUCGUCUCGUCGAGACGAGAAAAACUGGUAUUUUUGGUAAUUUUUAGGCCACCGGAAGCCACCACACGCGCCGCCUAUGCGCCGGUGGUGAGGAGCGCGCUGACGUCAUCCCUGACGUCAUUCUGCACGCAGGCCGGAGGUUGAAGACAGCUGAUGUCAUCGCUGACGUCAUCAGCCAUUCAGAGCUGUGUCAGCGACACAUCAGCGCCACGAGUGCACAUCCGCCACAUCAUCAGCUCACUGCCAUCUUCCACUAGCGCCCAGUCAGCUGCCACGUCAACGUCCAGGUAGCGCCACGUCAUCUGCCACGUCAUCUGCCACGUCACCGGGUUAACAUCAGGGUUGGGUGUGACAUUGGUUGCUGCACUAGUUGGAUUUUUUGUGUACAAACGCUACCAGCGCGUUAAGGAAGCGCGUGACCGUCUGACCCGAGAACGUGAAGCCAUACUUAACUCCGGUGGCGUCAAAUCGGCAAAGCUCUUCAAUGGGAAGGAAAUCAAGCGAGCGACAGGCAACUUUUCCAAAGAACGACUUCUCGGCGUCGGCGGGUACGGCGAAGUCUACAAGGGAAUCCUAGAUGACGGGACAGUCGUCGCCGUUAAAUGCGCGAAGCUGGGCAACGCUAAAGGAACGGACCAAGUUCUGAAUGAGGUGAGGAUAUUGUGUCAAGUGAACCACAAAAACCUAGUGCGCCUUCUCGGCUGUUGCGUUGAGCUGGAGCAGCCCUUGUUGGUGUAUGAGUACAUCCCAAAUGGUACUCUCCUUGAUCAUUUCCGUCAGGGAAAGGAUCAUCACGAGCGCCUCACAUGGACCCACCGCCUGAAAAUUGCUCAGGCCACCGCUGAGGCACUCGCUUACCUCCACUUCUCUGCAGUUCCUCCCAUCUAUCACCGAGAUGUCAAGUCCAGUAACAUUCUCUUGGAUGAAAAGCUCAAUGCCAAGAUUUAUUUGCCAAAUAAGGCAAAUAAGGAAGUGUAAAGAUCUUUCUGGUACUGCUAAAAAUGAAAAGUGUAAAGAUCUUUCAGAACCGGUAUCUGAUUUCGGUCUAUCUCGUUUGGCUCAUACAGACAUGAGUCAUAUAUCCACAUGUGCUCAGGGCACUUUAGGAUACCUUGAUCCGGAAUACUAUAGGAACUAUCAACUCACUGAUAAGAGCGACGUUUAUAGUUUCGGAGUUGUCUUACUAGAGCUCUUGACAUCUCAGAAAGCUAUAGAUUUCAGCAGGGAUCCAGACGAUGUGAACUUGGCAGUUUAUAUUCAACGCUUAGUUGAGGAGGAGAAAAUAUUGGAAGGUAUGGAUCCUUUGUUGAAAGAAGGGGUGAGUAACUUGGAGUUGGAGACGAUGAAGGCACUAGGGUUUCUGGCCAUGGGCUGUUUGGAGGCUAGGAGACAAAACAGACCUUCCAUGAAAGAGGUUGUGGAGGAGAUUGAGUAUAUAAUUAGUGUGUCUACUGCUAAGGAUGAGAAUUGAUAAGGACAAUAGAAUAUAAAUAGGGAAAAAGAGUCAAAUGGGUCCUCGAACUAACUUAAAAAGUGCAUAUAUAUCACCCCUUAUAUAGGAGGCCCUGUUCGGCCGUCGCCAUUUGGGGACGUUCCCGGUGGAACUUUUUGAUGAAAUUUGUUGAUAAUCUUCUUCAUUAAGUCUAGUUUACCCAUAACAAAUUUCAGAUAAAAAUUCAACCGGGAAGACAGUCAAAUUGUUUUCUAAAAUGUACUGCGCUGUUUAACUGCGCAGUUAUCUUCAAAAAAUCAUUUGACUGCCUUCUCGAUUGAAUUUGUAGCUGAAAUUUGGUAUGAGUAAACUAUACUUAUGAAGAAGAUGCUCAAAAAAAUCAUCAAAAAAUUCCACAAGGAAUCCCAAAUUCCGACGGCCGGACAGAGUCUCCUAUAUAAGGGGUUAUUUGCACUUUUAAGUUAGUUCGAGAACCUAUUUAACUAUUUUCCCAAUAUAAAUAUGUUUAAUUACUUUGAUUUCCUAAAGUGUUGUUGUUUCAUUGUGUAAUGUUGAGUAAAUAUAUUUAUGCACCAAAAUGUACAAUCAAAAUACGUGUGGCACUAGGGCUAGAAAAACUCAAAUUAAUUGCUAAAUUUGUAUAUGUGAGUUACAUAGUGUGCCCCCAAUGUUAUUGAAUGCACAU